CCACGGUUCCGGCGCGUAGGCCGCACCUACCCUGCAUUGCUCCGCCCCUUCGCUCCAGGCUCGGCCCAUUUCACUAAAGUCACCUCCUGAUCCCCUGUUUGUCCAGACAUCAAUCUCUCUCUAGACUUAAUAUUCCCACCCACCCGCGGCGGAGUCCUACUAGGCCCCGCCCCCUUAUGAAGCCCCCCCCCCCGCCUGCCUAGGCCCCGCCCUCAAUUCGCUUCCCCUCUCCUCAAAGCCCCUCCCCAGCCUCGGAAGCCUGGUCCUCGCAGGCUCCAUCCCCGCACCCUAUCCUUGUUCCCUGUCGCCGUCGCGCCCAGGUGUUUACCUGGCACUUAGGUGACUCGUGUGCGGUGGCUGUUUCGAUAUAAGCCUCCCGCCUCUUCUCUCGGCGCGUUCCUUAAGCCCCGGAGGCACGGAGGGUCCCCGGACCAAAGGCGGUGGGCUUCCCAGCCCGGAUCCCGCCUCGCUGCUGCUGCUCUCGCCCCCCGCCCCCCGAAGGCAGCGCCGAAGUCGUCCCGGGUUGCGGCGGCAUGCCGGAGCUGGUGGUGACAGCGCUGCUGGCGCCGUCGCGCGUCACUCUGAAGCUCCUGCGCGCCUUCAUGUGGAGCCUCGUGUUCUGCGCGGCGCUACUGACCGCCGCCGUCUAUGGCUGCAUCGCGCUCACGCACGUGCUGUGCCGGCCCCGGCGCGGCUGCUGCGGGCGCCCCCGGCGCACCCCACCCGCCUGCUUGAGCGACCCCACGCUGGGCGAACACUGCUUCCUGACCCUCAAGAGCUCGGGCCUGCGCCUCCACUAUGUCUCCGCUGGACGUGGCAACGGACCCCUCAUGCUGUUUCUGCACGGCUUCCCGGAGAACUGGUUCUCCUGGCGCUACCAGCUUUGGGAGUUCCAGAGCCGCUUCCACGUGGUGGCUGUGGACCUACGGGGUUACGGCUCCUCAGAUGCACCUCGGGAUGUUGACUGUUACACCAUCGACCUGCUGAUGGCGGACAUCCAGGAUGUCAUCCUGGGCCUGGGUUAUUCCAAGUGCAUCCUGGUGGCCCACGACUGGGGUGCGGUCCUCGCCUGGAAUUUCUCCAUCUACUACCCGUCCCUGGUGGAGCGGAUGGUUGUUGUCAGUGCGGCCCCCAUGUCUGUGUACCAAGACUACUCUACACACCACAUCAGCCAGUUCUUCCGUUCCAACUACGUGUUCCUGUUCCAGCUUCCCUGGCUGCCUGAGAAGUUACUGUCCAUGUCUGACUUCCAGAUCCUGAAGACCACCCUCACACACCGCAAGAGAGGCAUCCCACACUUAACUCCCAACGAGCUCGAGGCCUUCCUUUAUGACUUCUCCCAGCCCGGUGGCCUCACUGGGCCCCUCAACUAUUACCGAAACCUCUUCAGGAACCUUCCCCUGGAGCCCCAGGAACUGGCCACGCCCACGCUGCUGCUGUGGGGAGAGAAGGACACCUACUUGGAGCAGGGGCUGGUAGGAGCCAUCAGCAGUCGCUUUGUGCCCGGCCGGCUGGAGGCCCACAUCCUGCCAGGUGUGGGGCACUGGAUCCCACAGAGCAACCCCGAGGAAAUGCACCAGUACAUGUGGGCCUUCUUGCAAGACCUGCUAGGCUAGCAGCCCUCGCUCCCUGGCCUGUGUGCACCUGGGAGUCCACACCACGUGCACACCACGACGGACUCCCGGAUCACGCACAGGCGUAGAACUCCUAGACCACACACGAGUGUGUCUGUGGAUGCCCGCAGGCACACCAGGCUGUUUGCUCACACACCAGUGUGAGUGUCUGUGCACCUGAACAAGCACUUCAGCCCUGGGGAACCGGGAACUUCUCUCCUCUGCAGAGCUGGAUACCCAGUGUCCUACCUCUCCCCUCCCUGGGGCCUUCCCCUUCCUGCCAACGUCAGCCCCCAGAGCUGCACAAACCACAGACUCUGACCUUCCCGUCCCUGGCUUUCAUCUCCAAUCUGAGUCUUCAGCUAAAAGCUGUUCUGUCCAGUAGGGUAACUGGCAGCCGUAUCUGGCUGCUUCAAUUUAAAUGGAAAUUAAUUAAAAUAUGAUCGAUUAAAAAUCCA